UCUCCCUUGUCUUGUCCCUCUGUCCGCACCACACGCUUCUCUCUCUCUUCCUCUCUUCAAUUUCCAGACCUUUCGCAAUCCCUCUUUCAACCCUCCUCUUCUUUCUUCAAUCUCUCCUUUUCUUUCGCUUUUGAUCCUCUCUGCGGAACCCUCGCUCGCACUGUUCCAAUACGCCCAGAAUUCGAACACGAGAUUAGUUGCUUGCUUUCUCUGUUCGACUUCUUUGGACUUUGGACACUUUGCGUUUCCCUCAUAUUCGCCCAAUCCUGCCUUCUGAGAUUGUUUUUGAUGGCGAGAUCGUGCACCUCUUGAAAUGGGAAGCACGGAUAAAUAGAUUUGUGCCGUGGAUUGGCUUUGAACUUGGCGACUCAGUGAUAAUUUGAAUCUGUUUGAAAUCUGCUUGCGAUUAUUUAUUGUGGAGGGUGGAUAAAAAAUGGCUUUUGAAAUCGGUUCUGUUGUUACAAAAUUGCAAAUGUUAUCCACCUCAGACCAUGCCUCGAUUGUCUCCAUGAACUUAUUUGUGGCACUUCUUUGUGCUUGUAUUGUCCUUGGCCAUCUUCUUGAGGAGAACCGGUGGAUGAAUGAGUCUAUCACUGCCCUUUUGAUUGGUGUUUGCACUGGCGUAGUCAUUUUGCUUUUUAGUGGUGGUAAAAGCUCGCAUAUUCUUGUUUUCAGUGAAGAUCUUUUCUUUAUAUACCUUCUGCCGCCUAUAAUAUUCAAUGCCGGGUUCCAGGUGAAAAAGAAACAGUUUUUUGUUAACUUCAUGACCAUCAUGUUGUUUGGUGCUAUCGGUACAUUAAUAUCUUGUACCAUCAUAACUUUGGGUGCCACACAAAUUUUUAAGAAGUUGGAUGUUGGUCCACUGGAAUUGGGGGAUUACCUAGCAAUUGGUGCAAUAUUUGCUGCGACAGAUUCUGUUUGCACAUUGCAGGUGCUAAAUCAGGAUGAGACACCUUUGCUGUACAGUCUUGUAUUUGGGGAGGGUGUUGUGAAUGAUGCUACAUCAGUGGUGCUUUUCAAUGCAAUCCAAAGCUUUGACCUCAACCAUAUUGACCCAUCAAUUGCUUUGCAGUUUUUGGGCAAUUUCUUAUAUCUAUUUAUCACAAGCACAAUGCUUGGAGUGUUGACAGGUCUACUCAGUGCUUACAUUAUUAAAAAGCUGUACAUUGGCAGGCAUUCUACAGAUCGUGAGGUUGCUCUUAUGAUGCUAAUGGCAUACCUCUCCUACAUGCUUGCUGAAUUAUGCUAUCUGAGUGGAAUUCUCACUGUAUUCUUUUGUGGGAUUGUUAUGUCUCAUUAUACCUGGCAUAAUGUGACUGAGAGUUCAAGAAUCACUACCAAGCAUUCCUUUGCAACCUUGUCAUUUGUUGCGGAGAUCUUUAUCUUCCUUUAUGUUGGUAUGGAUGCCUUGGACAUUGAAAAAUGGAAAUUCGUCAGUGAUAGCCCUGGAACAUCUGUAGCAACAAGUGCAGUAUUGUUGGGUCUAAUACUUCUUGGAAGAGCAGCUUUUGUUUUCCCCUUAUCCUUCUUAUCCAACUUAGCUAAAAAAUCAUCAAGUGAGAAAAUCUCCUUCAGGCAACAAGUGAUCAUUUGGUGGGCUGGUCUUAUGAGAGGUGCUGUUUCAAUGGCACUUGCAUAUAAUCAGUUCACCAUGUCGGGGCAUACUUCGCUGCGAUGCAAUGCAAUCAUGAUCACUAGCACAAUCACUAUUGUGCUUGUCAGUACAGUGGUGUUUGGUUUGAUGACUAAGCCACUCAUAAGGCUUUUACUGCCGCAUAGUCCUCAUAAAAGCAUCAUCGCAAUUACAGAUUCAUCUACUCCAAAAUCAGUCACUGUCCCACUGAUUGCCCAAGAUUCUGAAGCCGAUCUUGAUGGUCAUGAAAUUAAUCGCCCGAGCAGCAUUCGUGCUUUGCUUGCCACUCCCACACACACUGUUCAUCGAUUGUGGCGUAAGUUCGAUGAUGCAUUCAUGCGUCCUGUUUUUGGUGGAAGAGGUUUUGUUCCUGUAGAACCCGGCUCACCAACUGAACGUAAUGGUCAUCAAUGGCGUUGAGAAAACAUGCCAAGAAAUAUGUAAUUGUAAUGUAAACUACGUAAAUUUUGUGGAGAUCAAGCAAUGCCUGUAUAAGAAUCCCGUACUGAGAUUUUGUUUAGCUCUUUGGUAGUGAGAAGUGAGAACUGAGAAGGCUGUGCACAAUAAGUCAUCUCAGCUCAUCUUUGCAUCUUCCGUAAACUGUAAUAUUUCAUUUCUAGAUUUCUCUGACCCAUUAUCAUUGUAUUAAAAGUUUGAAUAGCUAAAGCUAAAUUAAUAUUUUUAAAGUUGUA